GCGGUCCCGUCAUGGCCGCCCGGAGCGGCGCGGCUGAGGUGCUGGUCCUGCUUCUCCUCUGGUUUGCGGCCCUGGAGGGAGCAGCGGGCUCGGAGCCGCCGCUCAAAUGCGAGGAGCUGCGGCUGGGGCAAUAUAUGUGUGAUGAGCCUAAAAUAGACAAUAGCACACAAGAACCAAUGAAUUGCACAAAUCACACAGCAUAUGUUCAAUGUCUGCCAGCACCAAAUAUUACUUGCAAAGAUCACCUUGGCAUAGAGAAAGUCUUCACGGGACAUGAAGUUGGAUUUUACAAGCCCAUUGAGUGUCGCAAUGUAAAUGGAUACUCCUACAAAGUGGCAGUUGCUCUGUCCUUAUUUCUUGGAUGGUUGGGAGCAGAUAGAUUUUAUCUAGGAUAUCCUGCAUUAGGUUUGUUAAAGUUCUGCACUGUAGGGUUUUGUGGAAUUGGGAGCCUAAUUGAUUUCAUACUUAUUUCAAUGCAGAUCGUUGGCCCUUCCGACGGCUCCAGUUACAUCAUCGAUUAUUACGGGGCCAGGCUGACCCGGCUCACCAUCACCAAUGCAACCUUCAGGAAAAUGCAGACCUAUCCCUAAUAUCCCUGACUCUGCCAGGGAGUGGCACAAAUCCAUAGGUGCAGCUUGUUUUUACAGCUGGAUCCAGUGGUCCUCUGGAAUUGCUGAGGAUUUACUGAUCAGCCCUCGUCAGGAUGGAACAUUAAAUGCUCGGUGAACAAAGAUGAUAAAAUGUGGAAGUUCCUCACGUGAACAAGUUUACCUCAAAAGGUGGAACUUUGGGACUGCUCUGUUGCUGGGAGCAGACGGUUUGUUGCUCAGUUAUAUCUGUGUGCAGACUGUUGCAAUUUGCACUGAUGUCAUUUAGAACGUUACAGAGAGCUGCAGAGAGAGUUGUUCCUAAUAAAUAUGCUAAUAAAUAUAUGAUAUUUAUUCCAUUGAAAUUGGUAAGAGUUUUAGCAUGGAUGGGCCAGGAUUACACUUGGGGGUCUGUUCAUGUGACAAUUUGGAAAUUAAAUAUCCCUGACAACACAAAUUGCCUUUUUUUCCAUCCUGUUAAAACCCAAAGAUCCCUAAAUCUUAGGCUGGUUUGAACUUCUGUUAAUUGAAACAAUUAUUUCUUUAAAUUUUGGCCAAGUUGCAAAAUUUGGUCAAGUGCUGAUGAACAGUAGAAAUAUGGAUGCAUAAAAAAUAGAACUGUAGAAGACACUUCAUAAAAAAGGAGCGUGGAUGUUGGGGUGCCCUGAGAUUAGAAAAGGAAAUUAUUGUUCUGCUGAUUUUGAAUUUUUCUUUCCUCUCUUACAACCAUCCAUAGUGAAGUAAAUACCCUUUUUUUUCCUGAAAAUAAAUUAGUAUGUGUGUUUUACAGCUACAGAGUGUCAAAAGAGUGAAUUCUUUGUACUACUAAAGCCCUUGAAAUGCUCUUAUUUUGGGUCAGUUGUGUUUCAGCGCAAUAAAUUCAGUGUCUUUCAAAGCUGUUUGACCAAAGUCUUUUGGACAACCAGGAUUUCACUGGAUGUUCCUUUCAGGAGAAAUAAGUACACACAGACAGAAAACAUGUCAACAAAAUCUUCAUGCUAUUUGACCAAUUUUAAGCAUUCUCUUCACCUUCUAAUGAAAACUGGCACCGAGGGAGAAACCCACACCAUAGAGGCUUCAGUGUAAUUUUAUUUUUUUUUUUUUAUUAAAAUUAGGGCUAUUCUUUUGUUUUGCAGAAACUUUCAACCUAUUAUUAAUACAUCCACAAACUGUAUUUUUAAGGGAAUUCCCAAAAAAUGAGAUUCCAGAGUGGAUUUAUGAAAGCACAAUUUGUGAGGUUUGGGCUCUUUUUUAACCCACCUUGAGCCCAGUGCACAGAAAGCUUUGUAAAGAAAUCCUGUUUUUUUCCCCCAAAUCAGCAUAACCUGACAUGUCACAUAAUGAGAAUAAACCACAAGGAAUACUUUGUGCUUAACGUUAAUUCUUUCCUUCACGCAAGAAAGAUGUGGUUUUGGAAUCCUUCCUACCAUGCAUUUUCCUUGUGGCUUCAAAGAGACAAGAACACUCUGUCAGCUCCAUUCCUUUGCCUGAUAUUUGUUCUGUCUCCCUUUGCUCUCUCUCUCACUGAAUGCUCUUUGUGCUCAUCAGUUUUGUUCCCUGGAAUACUUUGAAAAACAGACAGGAAGUGGAUGGAAAAUAAAUGUUUGAAUCAAAUAAAAUCUGCCUAAGAUCA